CACCAAAUUAAAUUCUCAUCUUCCCUAACUCUUGUCAUAUUUAUUAUUAUUUUUCUCUCAUAAAUACAACUACUUCCCUUCUUCCUUAUCCUCAUCAUCCUCAACCAUAUUCCCAAACACUUACUUCUAUUUUCUCUCUAAAAUAACCGCACUGAACGCACCGUAUCGUACGUACUGUCCACUAACAAAACCCCAAAACGGUGUCGUACUGCAAAUUCUAAAUGCCCGUUACUCUAUUCUUCUUCAUUUUUCUUUUCUUUUUCCAUCCCGUCGUUUCUCUCUCCUCCGACGGCCUCGCUCUUCUAACUCUUAAAUCCGCCGUCGACGGCGACGGCGCAACCGCAUUUUCCGACUGGAACGAAAACGACCCCACGCCGUGCCACUGGUCCGGCAUAAGCUGUGCAAACAUCUCCGACGAUACGGACCCUCGCGUCGUCGGAGUUGGUCUCGCCGCCAAAGGCCUCCGUGGUUACCUCCCGUCGGAGCUCGGAAACUUAGUCUAUCUCCGUCGCCUGAACCUCCACACCAAUGCCUUCCAUGGUUCCAUUCCCGUUCAGCUCUUCAAUGCCACUUCCCUUCACAGCAUAUUCCUCCACGGUAACAAUCUCUCCGGUAGCCUCUCUCCCUCCGUCUGCAACCUCCCACGCCUCCAAAAUCUCGACCUCUCCGAUAACUCCCUCGCCGGAACCAUCCCGGAGUCCCUCGGAGACUGUUCCCAGCUCCAGCGCCUUAUUCUCGCACAUAACAAAUUUUCCGGCGACAUUCCGCCGACUCCAUGGCCGAAGCUAAAAAACCUCGUUCAACUCGACCUCUCCGCGAAUCUUCUACAAGGUUCGAUUCCAGACCAAAUCGGCGAACUAAACUCCCUCGCCGGAACCCUAAACCUCUCAUUCAACCACCUAUCAGGUAAAAUCCCAAAGUCUCUAGGAAAAUUACCGGUGACCGUUAGCUUCGAUCUUCGGAACAACGAUCUAAGCGGCGAAAUUCCUCAAACUGGGUCGUUUUCGAAUCAGGGACCCACCGCGUUUCUCAACAAUGCGAAACUCUGUGGGUUUCCUCUACAAAAAACAUGUACCGGUUCAGCGCAGAGUGAACCGGGAAAAAAUCCCGGUUCAGCUCGACAACGCGUGAACCGGUCUAAAAAAGGGUUGAGUCCCGGUUUAAUCAUUCUUAUAUCGGUAGCUGAUGCUGCUGGUGUGGCUUUAAUUGGGCUUGUUAUUGUGUAUGUGUAUUGGAAGAAGAAAGAUAAUUCAAAUGGGUGUAGUUGUAGUAGGAAGAGAAAAUUUGGUGGUAGUGGAAACAAUGAAAGAUCAAAUUUGUGUUGUUUUUGUUGGUCUUUAGGGUGUGUUAAAGGGUUUAAAAGUGAUGAUUCUGAUAUGGAAGAGAGUGAGAAAGGUGGUGGAGGAGGAGAAGGUGGUGGAAGAGGGGAAGGUGAAGGUGAAUUGGUGGCAAUUGAUAAAGGUUUUAGCUUUGAACUUGAUGAAUUGUUGAGAGCUUCUGCAUAUGUGUUAGGGAAAAGUGGGUUAGGGAUUGUGUAUAAGGUGGUACUUGGAAAUGGUGUUCCUGUGGCUGUGAGGAGAUUAGGGGAAGGUGGUGAACAAAGGUAUAAGGAGUUUGCUGCUGAGGUUCAAGCUAUUGGCAAAGUGAAACACCCUAAUAUUGUGAAGUUGAGAGCUUAUUACUGGGCUCAAGAUGAGAAGCUUUUGAUUAGUGAUUUCAUCUCAAAUGGCAAUUUGGCUAAUGCUCUUAGAGGGAGAAAUGGGCAACCAUCUCCAAAUCUUUCAUGGUCAACCAGGCUGAAAAUAGCCAAAGGAACAGCCAGAGGUUUAGCUUAUCUCCAUGAAUGCAGUCCAAGAAAAUUUGUUCAUGGUGACAUCAAACCCUCCAAUAUCCUUCUUGACACAAACUUCCAACCCCUCAUUUCUGAUUUCGGUCUUAACCGGCUGAUCAGCAUCACCGGCAACAAUCCCUCCACCGGCGGUUUUAUGGGCGGAGCUCUUCCUUACUUUAAGUCAUCACAAACCGAGCGAAUCAACAACUAUAAAGCUCCUGAAGCCAAAGUACCAGGAUGCAGACCCACCCAAAAGUGGGACGUCUAUUCGUUUGGAGUUGUGUUACUCGAACUGCUCACUGGGAAAUCCCCAGAUUCUUCUCCAGGAGCAUCAACUUCCGUGGAAGUACCUGAUUUGGUAAGGUGGGUAAAGAAAGGGUUUGAACAAGAAAGCCCUUUAUCUGAAAUGGUUGAUCCAUCACUUCUUCAAGAAAUUCAUGCCAAGAAAGAAGUUCUAGCUGUGUUCCAUGUAGCACUAUCAUGCACUGAGGGAGACCCUGAGGUCAGGCCUAGAAUGAAAACUGUCUCUGAAAAUCUCGAAAAAAUUGGAUCAUAAUAUUUUGAUGUUUACCAGCUGAAAGUAUAGUGAGUCUGAGACUGGAAAGGAACAUACACUUCUGUACCAUGAUUCAUUUUUGUGGUAGCAUUCAGAAGAUUUUCUUGUUGGGGCAUCAAGAUGGGGUUACAAUUUGCAAAUACUUUCAUUCAUAAAUGUGAUUUGUCGCUUUAGCUUCUGUUUUGAAGUCAGAGCAAUUUUUGACAGAGAUCAUCAUCAAAUGUCUCACCUUAUCUCUAUACUUUUUUAGGCUACAGACCAAAGAAAGUUAAUAAAUUAUGUUUAAAUAUUGUUGUUGUCUCAUUCUAUCCAGAAUCUGAUUACAAAUCAUUUCACAUUAGCUAGCGUUAUUAUUACUUAAUUGGCAAAUUCAUAUGUAAUAUGGUGUAUAAGAAAUUUUUUCUUUUGCUCAAAAAAAGAAAUUUGUUCUUGACUUUACAUAUUAUUCUUUUCUAUUUGGUCCCCACUUCAAGAUGGUUGUAUUUGUU